CGGGGCGCCCCGGGCGGUCUGAGAGGAGGGAGGGGAGCAGACAGUAACCAUAUUGGCUUCAAUACUUUACUGAAGAAUUCACUGGGAUUCUGGAACAGGGGACUCCAUUGCUCUAGUAUCACUCCAGUAUCACUAAGAAAUAUGAGUGAAACUGGUGAAGCAGCUGUGAAAAAAACAAGCAUGGUGAAUCUUGACAAACUUAUAAAUGACUUCUCACAAAUAGAAAAGAGAAUGUCAGAAAUCAGUUCAAAGAAUAAUAAAUUAGAUAUUCAGUUGGAAAAGACUAACUCUUUGCUAAAAUUGAUGCAAACCAAAGAAAACUUCAUUAAAGAAGAAUGUACCACUUUUCAGAAAGUGAUAAAUGGACUCCAGGAAACCAUUGAAAAUCAAUAUGAUUUGAAAGAUGAAAAUGAGCAGCUAAAGAAAAACAAUGAUAUCCUGAAGGAGAAGUUAAAAUCUCAUGAGCAGGAAUAUAAGCGUCAGAUUGACAAACUUGUGAAGGAAAUUCAAACUAAAGAGGAAGAACACAAGAUGGAAAUAAGAAAAGUUAAUCUGGAUAUGCAAAAAAAAUUUGAACUAAAUGAAGAAAAACACAAAGAACUGAUGGAGAAAAAGGAAAUGGAGAUUUCAGAGUUGACCACAAAGUUAAGAACUCAAGAUAUGGAAAAGCAGAAUGAGAUAAUCAAACUACAGAUAGAGCUUAAUGCUCAGCUGGCAAGAGCUCAGACGAAAUCAGCAAAAUCAUAUUCUGAUUCCACUGUUUUGCCUCAGAAUAUCUACAGAAGGAAGCUCCAGCAUCUCCAAGAAGAAAAAAACAAGGAAAUUGCCAUUCUUCGUGAUACCAUUCGAGAUUUAGAGCAGCGCCUCACCAUUAGCAAAGACUCUCACCUCAAGCGAAAACGGCCUUGAUCCCAGCUGUGAGCUCUCCUUGUCAAUCAGCCUCUUUACACACAGUGGGAAUAGGUCAGCAUCACACAAACAGCUACCCAACAAACAGGCACAUACACAAAGCUGAAACUUUGUUUUAUUGAGAGUUUGUUCAUCUUUUUUACAAUCCCACACAGUUAUCAGAUUUUCAAGUUCUAGUUGACAUUCUUGCUUAUUAGUAUUAACCAUAAAAGAGUUCAGGUCCAUAGAAGUAAAUUUACCUACUGAACCAUCAUUGACUAUGGGAAUACUUCCUAAGCAACCUGCUAGUAAGAUGUCAGUCUUUUAUUCUUUCAUUUCCAGACCUUUCUAAAGAAAAACUCUCAAAUGUUUAAUAGUAUGAUGCAGGGCUAAAUAAAGAAAACAAGACAUUGCAAAAGUUUUAUUCCUAUCUCUAACUCUCCAAAAUCAAGUAGAUGAG